GAAGUUCCUUUCACUCUGUAAUUCUUCAAGGUUCUUAAUUGUGGCCUCGAUUUCAAUGCAAGAUAUCGUAUCUGUGCACUUGCAAAUAUGCACUCUAGAGCUGAGAUCCUCAGUAUCUUAUCAGUGAAGCAUAAUAAUUAGCAUAGAUGGCGAAGUAUUCUGUUUCCAAUUAUUCGAUUUUGUCCGUACGAUCAAGUGGGAAAUACUUUCUCGUUAUGUCGUGUAUUGAGGUUAGUUAAAACCACUGUACCACAUGGGCGAAACGUGUAUUGUUGAAUUUUACUGUUGAACUUUCGUGAAUUGUUUUAUUUGUCCUCGUAUAAAAAUGUCUGUGCCUGAGAAAGUUUUAAUGCGGAAGAUUAGGAAAAGAGAGAAGAGGAAACUUCAAAUAUUGAAAGAACGAGAGAAGCAAUUGGAAAAUGUGAAUGAAACUACAAUCGAGGAUUCAGAACAAAACACUGAAGAAGAUAAAGUGGAACUUUCAAAUGGAUUCAAACGACAUUCCACAGAUGAUACUUCUGUGAAAAAGAAAAGAAAGAAAACUAAAGAGGAUGCACAGGCUAGUACAGAUAACGAAAAUGAAAAUAAUACAGAUGAAAAUUCUGAAUCAGAGAAUAAUGCAGAUAAAGAAGUUGAGAAUUUGCCUGGAUCAGCAAUAGGUUUAGAAGUAAUGAAUGAUACAAGUUUCAAAGUAUUAGAAAAAUUAGUAUGUGAAAACACUUUGAAAGCCAUUAAUGAUUUGGGUUUCACGAACAUGACUGAAAUACAGGCAAAAUCGAUACCUCCUUUGUUAGAAGGAAGAGAUUUAGUUGGUUCUGCGAAAACAGGAUCAGGAAAAACCUUAGCAUUCUUAAUACCAGCUAUUGAGCUGAUUUAUAAACUCAAAUUUAUGCCCCGUAAUGGCACAGGCUGUAUUAUUAUAUCUCCAACACGAGAAUUGUCCAUGCAAACAUUUGGAGUAUUGAAGGAGCUAAUGCAAUAUCACUAUCAUACAUAUGGUUUAUUAAUGGGUGGAGCAAAUAGGCAAGCUGAAGCUCAGAAACUUUCAAAAGGGAUUAACAUUGUUGUAGCUACACCUGGUAGAUUGUUGGAUCAUCUGCAAAACACACCAGACUUUCUGUAUAAAAAUCUUCAAUGUCUUAUCAUUGAUGAAGCUGAUCGUAUUUUAGACAUUGGGUUUGAAGAAGAGCUUAAACAAAUUAUUAAUAUUCUACCAAAAAAAAGACAGACAAUGUUGUUUAGUGCUACACAAACUAAAAAAACAGAAAUGUUGACAACUUUAGCCUUGAAGAAGGAACCAGUUUAUGUUGGUGUUGAUGACGAUAAGGAAAAGGCAACAGUGGAAGGUUUGGAACAGGGAUAUGUAGUUUGCCCUAGUGAAAAGAGAUUUCUGCUUUUGUUUACUUUCCUGAAGAAAAAUAGAAAGAAAAAAGUUAUGGUUUUCUUCAGUUCUUGUAUGUCGGUCAAAUAUCAUCAUGAACUUUUAAACUACAUUGAUUUACCAGUACUGAGUAUACAUGGAAAACAAAAACAAACGAAAAGAACAACAACGUUCUUUCAAUUCUGCAACGCUUCGUCUGGUACACUUCUUUGUACUGAUGUAGCCGCACGUGGUCUUGAUAUACCUGCUGUUGAUUGGAUUGUACAAUAUGAUCCACCAGAUGAUCCUAAAGAAUAUAUCCACCGAGUUGGUAGAACGGCUCGAGGCGAAGGCAGCAGUGGUCAUGCCUUAUUAAUUUUGAGGCCAGAAGAACUUGGCUUCCUUCGUUACCUUAAACAAGCAAGGGUGCCCGUAAACGAAUUUGAUUUUUCAUGGAAUAAAAUUGCUGAUAUUCAAUUACAGCUUGAGAAGUUAAUUUCGAAAAAUUACUUUUUAAAUAUGUCAGCAAAGGAGGCAUUUAAAGCAUAUGUAAGAGCAUAUGAUUCUCAUCAUUUAAAACAAAUUUUCGACAUUGAAACUUUGGACUUGGCAAAGGUUGCAAAAUCCUUUGGAUUUCUGGUACCACCAGCCAUAGAUUUGAAAGUGGGAAUAAGCAAAAAUUCACGACCACGAAAAAGAUUAGGUGGGGGUGGUUAUGGAUAUUUCAAAAAUGCGAAUAAUCCAGGUUCAGACAAACAAGUGAAGCGCACCAAGACUUUCCGUCAAAAGAAAUCAUCUGACAGUCGACAAUUUGCUAGAUAAUUGAAAUUUCAACACGUUCAAUAAAAUGAAAUUUUUUUUAACA